AGUCUUCAGCCACAGUUUGUGAUUGAGUAGGUAAGUGCAAACUUGCUGUUAGGAUCUCUGCGUACAGCAGUAAAUCCUACCGGUAACGGCGUAAACCAUGCUUUCUGUGAAGUGAUUUAAUUAGUGCACAUCAUUUAUUACAUCUAGAUUCAAUCGACCAUCUUUAUUUCCUGUAGAUCAUCUCAAAUUUCGCAACUGAUACGUCCAACACUCAUCAACAAGUGCCAGCAACAUUUUUCUUCAACAUCUCUCAGCAACUUGUUGAUAACUCACAAUACCUGUGCUCUUCAAAACUAUAGAAAUUUGUUCAACUUUUCAAGGUCAAGGAUUUGACCUGACUGAUCAACCUCUUCAGGUUUACAAGGUCAAUUGACGACGUGUCUUAAGGUCAAGUCAAGGUCACACCUUAAGGUCGAAAUCAAGGUCAAAAUGUUACUCAACAACGCCAGACAGCGCUGUCUACCGAGCAAAAAGAAAGGCGGUGGUUGUAUGAUGUCCAGUUGAAUCUUCAAAUUCAGCAAAAAAUUAUCCACCACAUUUUAGUUCCAAUACCAACUGUGAUAUUAGGCAUAGUAAGGCUCCAACCCCCAGUGAUUCAGUUGUACUUAAUUUACAUUGAUGAAGGUUUCCAAAACCAUUUUGCAGCUUAAAGAUAUUCAUUCAAUAUUUAUUGUUUUAAUGCUAACUUUUAAUUGACAUUUCCUUCAUUUAUUAAACACCAUCAGCUUUAUUUUAAGCUUCUCCAUUGAUAUUGUAUUGUAUCUUCCAAGAAAAACUAGUUUUCAAUUACAAGCAUCUUGGCUAAAGUUGUAUUUGUUGAUAAGUUUGAAAAAUACUCUGAAAGAGUAGUGCUACGUUAAAGGGAUAUUAUUAACAUUACUGAAGGUCAAUUGUUCUCUAAAAGUAUCUCAAAACCGGUGAUUCUCAAACCACCAUUGCUUUAACUGGGCUUCAAUUGAAAACCCAUAACCUUCAAGGUCAACUGAAAGGUACUUACAACCUUUACAUAUUUUUAUACCUAGACUAUUAUAUAUCGAGAACUUUUUGACUGUGAAAAACUGGACAUUUGAGGAUAGGACCAAACUGAUUCAGUUGUGAUUCCAAGGAGACGAGGAGAGUCUAUUUUUGAGGCUUUAGUUUGUGUCCACAUUUGAGAUCGAAAAGGUAUUUUGAGUGACUGAUUAUUUUGAGGUUAGGAAUUGACUUUAAGUGACCUUUGAGGUUAGGUUGGUACCAAUAGUGUUUAGGGUAGAAGGACACGUUUGAGGUUAGGUUGGUAUCAGUGAUUCAGAACGUGAUUGUAUGGUUAGGUUGGUAUCUGUAGGUGGCUAUUACGAGAUUAGGACACAAGAUUUGAGGUUAGUUUAGGUUAGGAGGUGAUUGUAAGCAACUUUUGAGGUUAGGACUGUGUUGUGAGUAACCAGCUGCAGCAUGGAGCCAUAUGACGACAACGUGUUGGCACUGGUGAUUGCCUGCUUCGGAGUUUCCUUCCUGUUGGCGUUUGGAAUCGGUGCGAACGACGUUGCCAACUCGUUUGGCACCUCUGUGGGAGCUAAGGUGCUCACCAUAUUCCAGGCAUGCUGUCUGGCCACUGUAUUCGAGAUUGCUGGAUCUGUUUUGAUUGGUUUCCGAGUCUCUGAUACUAUGAGAAAAGGCAUUCUAGAUGUGUCGCUGUAUGAAGGAGCAGAGGAAGAACUAAUGGCUGGUUGCUUCUGUUGCUUAGCUGGCAGCGCUGUGUGGCUGAUUGUGGCAACUUAUCUGAAGUUGCCGAUUUCGGGGACUCAUUCCAUAGUUGGUGCAACCGUCGGCUUCUCACUUGUCUGCAGGGGGGCUGCCGGACUUAGAUGGGGCACUCUCGGAUUUAUCAUUUUGUCGUGGUUCGUCUCGCCAAUUCUGUCGGGUCUGAUAUCAGUGGUGCUUUUCCUGCUCAUCAAGAACUAUAUUCUGCGAGCCGCCGAUCCACUGCACGUCGGAUUCCGCAUUCUGCCCUACAUCUACGGCCUCACUGUCAUCGUCAACAUAUUCUCCAUCCUGCACGAUGGGUCCGAGUUGUUGGCCUUCGAUAGAAUCCCGCUGUGGGGCGCUAUACUUCUGUCAAUACUGAUUGGUAUAGUCAGUGCCCUCCUAGUGCAGUUCCUGCUGGUUCCUAUGCUCAGAAAGAAGAUAUUAGAAGAAGCUUUGGCUCCUAGAAUAAUGGUACAAUUCUCCUGUGGUAGCUCUUCAGAUCUAUCGAAAGAAGAAAGCCUGAAGGGUGCCGGUGUUGUGACGGUGAGUGGAGCUGGAGAUGCUGUCGGUGCUGCCGAGAAAGGCAAGGCUUCAACUGAGUUGUCAUCAAGUGCUGGAGGUGUUCUCAACAAACACUUUCAAGCCGAAUCCGAACCGGUCAAAGAUGCCAAGGAUACUCGAGCCGACGCUAAGAAUGGCACACAUAAUAAAGACAACGGAGUGGGCCAAAAUGGAACUAAUGGUACAGCUGAGAGAUUGCCUCUGCCUGAGCUUAAUGGACAGGUUUCUCCUGCCGCUGGUCUGUCACCAAAUAGCAGUGCUGUCCCGCUGAUCAAAGACGGAUCGGUUGAGCCAAAUCAUAACGACCCAGCAACUCUGGCGAGGGAUGAAUUACAGGAGCAGCCAGAAAUCAACAGCAUCUUUUCAAUUCUUCAGGUGCUCACGGCUUGCUUUGGAUCGUUUGCACAUGGAGGCAAUGAUGUCAGCAAUGCAAUAGGGCCGUUGAUAGCAGUUUGGCUGAUCUUCACUGAGGGCUCAGUGCUGCAGAAAUCUGAGACGCCCCUCUAUAUUCUGCUGUACGGCGGAGUGGGAAUAUCAUUGGGACUCUGGCUGUGGGGACGUCGCGUCAUUCAGACCAUCGGAGAGGAUCUCACUAAGAUCACUGCUUCCACUGGGUUCACGAUCGAGAUAGGCGCUGCGCUGACAGUGUUGUUGGCUUCCAAGAUCGGAUUGCCCAUCAGUACGACCCACUGCAAAGUCGGAUCGGUCGUGUUUGUCGGAUUCACACGAUCCAGCAAGUCGGGCGUCGAGGAAGCUCUUCAGAAAAUAAUCUACGCUUGGGUGGUGACCGUGCCUGCCACCGCUCUUCUCAGUGCAAUUUUCAUGUUCGGUUUUAAAGCUCUCGGCUACUAAACUAAGCAAUUAUUAUUGUAAGUACGUUAUUCGAAUUAUCGCUAAUGAUGUCAGCGGCUCAAAAUCUAUUUAUUCUCAAUUAAAAUUUUAAUUGAAUAUUGAUGUGUUCAGUGUUAACGUAUCAGAGUCUCACCUUAUAGCCGCUCGUUUUAAUUAUCUCUA